AUGGCUGCGACAGAGGCUCCUCCGAGGGGAAAGCAGCGCGGUGUUGUGAGGUUGGCUCUGGUCACGUCUCUGGUCACGUCUCUGCUCACCUGCUGCGUCAGGUGCGAUAAACCCAGUAACAUCGUGCUCAUUUUGACCGAUGAUCAGGAUGUCACGCUGGGAGGAAUGAACCCGAUGACCCAAACAAAAGCUCUAAUAGGAGAAGCUGGAGCAACAUUUGUCAAUUCCUUCACUGUGACGCCUCUUUGCUGUCCGAGCCGUAGCAGUAUUUUGUCUGGACAGUACCCACACAACCAUGCGGUGAGGAAUAAUUCACUGUCCGGAAACUGCUCCAGUGAACAGUGGCAAAAAGGGCCCGAGUCUGUGGCCUUCCCCUUCUACCUCAGCAAACGGAACUACCAGACAUUCUUCGCUGGAAAAUAUUUGAACGAGUAUGGGAAAGACGUUGGCCAUGUCCCUCCGGGUUGGGACCAGUGGCACGCAUUGGUCGGAAAUUCCCAAUACUACAACUACACUCUGUCCGUCAACGGCAAAGAAGAAAUUCACGGCGACAACUAUGAAAAGGACUACCUCACCGACCUUAUUAAAAACCGAUCUCUGGCCUUUCUGGACAAUAGGAGUCCUCAGCACCCGUUCUUCCUGAUGCUUUCUCCUCCUGCUCCUCAUUCCCCCUGGACAGCAGCUCCUCAGUACCAGAAGAAGUUUGUAGAUGUCAAAGCUCCUCGAGAUGGCAGUUUUGACAAAUUGGGAAAAGACAAGCACUGGCUGCUGCGUCAGGCCAGCAACCCAAUGUCCAACACCUCACUCAGCUACUUGGAUGAUGCAUAUAGGCGGAGGUGGCAGACGUUGUUAUCUGUGGAUGAAAUGGUGGCGUCACUGGUGAAAAAACUCAAAGACAUACAAGAGCUGAACAACACAUACAUCUUCUACACGUCGGACAACGGCUAUCACACAGGUCAAUUCUCUCUACCGAUCGACAAACGACAGCUGUACGAGUUUGACAUCAGGAUUCCACUCUUAGUUCGUGGUCCAGGCAUCAAACCAAAUAUAACAGUGAAGGCUCCAGUUCUAAACAUAGAUCUUGCCCCGACAAUAAUGGACAUUUCCGGAGUGAAUCUGUCCACGGUGAAUGUGGACGGUCAAUCGUUUCUCUCCCAAAUGGCUCCAUCAUUGCGUAAUGGGACUUCUCGACCAUAUUUCCUUGUGGAAUAUACAGGAGAGGGAAAUCCAAAUACAGAUCCGGCUUGUCCCAAACUCGGACCCGGAUUGUCUAUAUGUUAUCCUGAUUGUGUGUGUGAGGAUUCCUACAACAACACGUACGCCUGCGUCCGGUCCCUCACCUCGGGCCAGGACCUGCAGUACUGCGAGUUUGCAGACAGCGAGUCUUUCGUAGAAGUGUACAACCUAACGGCGGACCCCCACCAACUCGAGAAUAUUUCUAAAAAAAUCGACCCAACCAUUCUGCAAACCAUGAACCAACGACUGAUCAAGCUGCAGUCGUGUGCGAACAAAGGCUGCAGAGACUAUGAAAACAUGAGGUGGGACCAACCACUUCGCUCCCGUUUUAGGAAUCACUGA